AUGCUAGCCACUAGGCCCCUUGCGUUCGGCGACGUCGUAACAAGUCACACACCAGCACUCAUCGCCUAUCUAGAAGCCGAGUUAUCGACCCUAGACCGCGAAACACUCUGGCGCACCGCUAUCUCGCAACUCCCACCGACACUCCAAGAAAACUUCCUCUCCCUAGCGACCGUGUAUGGAGAUGAGAGGGUGCGCGUCCAAGACAUUGUUAAAGCGAAUACCUUCCAGAUCCUGCUCGGGGGCGCAAAUCAUCUGGCCGUGUGGCCCGAGACAUCAAGGUUGAAUCACGCGUGCGCGCCAAAUGCGCAGUAUGUGGUGGAUGCGGAUAUGUUGACACAUACGGUGCGUGUGACGCGGCCGAUCGCUGAGGGCGAGGAGAUCACGAUAAGUUACACGAGUCCGCUGGAGGAAACGGACGUUCGACGGCAGCAUCUGCAGCAGGGGUUUCAUUUCAUGUGUACGUGUAAGAGGUGUGCAGAUCCCCGUUCUGACGUUACGCUUGAGCGUAUCAGGAUUUUGGAAAAGAAGCUCAAUGACUGGUCGUCCGCCUCCUCUUCCGGUUCGGUCGACAUGGCGGAAGAAUUGCUAUCGCUCUAUCGCCGAGAGGGUCUUGAGGGUUUCAUGGACAUGCCGUAUGGGUUUGCGGCGCUGGCAUAUAGUGCUGUUGGUGAUAGGCAGAAGGCGUUGAGUUAUGCGGAGAAGGCGCAAGAGGCUAUUCAGAUGAAAGACGGGGUUUGGACGGAAAACUGGAAGAUGUGGGAGGGGUUUAAAGGAGAUCUGGAGGGGCAUUGGAGUUGGAGGCGGAGGAGAGAGUGA